AAGACAGCCUAUCGUUUCUGAUAUCCAGCUAGUGGGCUGUCUUACUGACACAUGCGCAAUGUUCUACAUUCUGCCCUCCGCCUGAAUGUUUGGAUGUUUAUGCCGAGAGAGUUCCAGAGGAACCAAACGUUAACACAUUAAACAUGUCGGCGUCCAUGGUACGAGCCACGGUCAGAGCGGUCAGCAGAAGGAAAAUUUUACCCACAAGAGCUGCAUUAACCUUAACUCCCUCUGCUGUGAACAAGAUCAAAAUACUCCUGCAGGAUAAACCAGAAUAUAUUGGACUGAAAGUUGGUGUGAGGACACGAGGUUGUAAUGGCCUGACCUACACACUUGACUACACGAAAGAGAUGGACAAGUCAGAUGAGGAAGUGCUUCAAGAUGGUGUCCGUGUGUUCAUUGCGAAGAAAGCCCAGCUCACACUCCUUGGGACAGAAAUGGACUUUGUAGAAACUAAGCUCUCUAGUGAGUUUGUGUUCAACAAUCCCAACAUCAAGGGCACAUGUGGCUGUGGAGAGAGCUUCAACAUCUGAGACAGUCCUCCAGUCACGCACCAGCCGAUCCCCUAGCCCCCCCCCCCUCCCCCUGUACACUGCCCUGCUUCGGAGUGAAGAAUUAAAGAUCUUUGGAGAUGGCGAGACUUGAAGAACAGAUGAGUGUUCAGUUGACUGUUGGGACUCAAUAAACUCUGACCCCUGUGCUGCACCCUACCAUGCAUCUGCGCGCACAAAUACACACACACACACACACACACACACACACAGUAACUCACCUAUGCUCACCUUGCUUACAUAAAAUCUCUAAACUCUCUGAUCUGCAUGGACUUAGCAACCCAGGGAAGUAGAGAGAUGAGGGGCACAUCAUACUGAUCAUGGAGCAAAGAACUGAGGAGGCUAGAUCAGAACAUGGUGAUCUGGGCUGUGUGCCAUGUAUAAUUGGUUGGGGCUUGAUCCCAAGUGCUCUCCGCUGGUUGAGACCUACUGGUUAACCCCUCCCCACUCCAGUGGUGGUUUGAGCAUGUCGCUAAGGAGGCACAGCCACCUGUGGCUGGUAUGCUCCUCACUUAGCAACAGUACAGAAGUGCAAAAGGCUGUUCCUACAUUUCGGUCAGUUGCGAUGUGCUGGCAGGAAAGCACUCGUCUCUAGGGAUUAGGAUGAAUUGUUUUUAAGUACAGGGGAUUUUAGGCACAGUCCAGAUCCCUGUUUGAGAUUUGGGCGUCUUCCUUGGCUGGCGUCCAUGCAGGCCAUUUGAGCACAUUCUUCAACUCCCUCUGAGGAUUAUGGACAUGUCUGUAGGUUAAUACUGAUUUGAUCUGGUUCGGGUGUGCCCCUGAGUCAAUGCUAGUCCACAAUCAUGAUGUGUAUCAUAAUAUGCCAGUGUCGUUGUAUAGGGACAUUACUUAACCUCAAAGAAAACAUGCUGAUGUUAGUGUUCUUCUCAGUGGUCCUUCAUGUGUCAAAAGAACUCUGAUCAGCAAUCGAACUCCAGCAGCACAGGAGGUCAUGUGCUUUUGUCUUUUUAGUUUUUUUUUUUUUUGAGUCUCUUUGAAAUUGUUUGCACAUCAUAAGUUAUGUGGUUGUAAAAAUAUGAAUACAUGUACAUAGAAGGAAUGUAAAAUGCCCUUAAACUCGAAACGCACAAAAUAAACACGGAAAGUGCCAUGCUUUCCAUCAAGUA